AUGCAGCUCGGCAAUGGAUUCAGUCGUCGAUAUGUCAUCCUGUUCAGCGCGGCUUUCAUCGUCAUUUGGCUCUGGCUAGCCAUGGAUGAGGACCGUAGACUGCCAAAGACGAUUGCGUGGGCGAUAGGGAAGCCGGUAUCGACGCCUGAGAACGACGUCUUUGAUCACCCGCUUCUGGAUUCGUGGGAGUUGAGAGAGAUUUGCGCGUCUACGGAGUGGAACUCGAGUCUGAUUUUCACGUGUGAUGAUAAUCGUGGAGGGGUUGGACAUGUGAGGAACUCGAUACUGAAUUGUGUGCGAUUUGCUAUUGGGGCUGGGGCUGGAUUGGUACUGCCGAAUAUUCCACUGAGAGAUGUGGAAGAGAUUACGGCGGGGAAUAGUGAUGAUGGAGAUAAUAUCGAGAGGAGACAUGGUCCGGGAAGGCAGGGGAUGGAUUAUAUGUUCGACAAGAAUCAUUUUGUGGAUUCGCUGAGGAAGUCUUGUCCGGAAUUGGUGCUCGUCAGACAUAUGGAACCAACGACCAGUAAUCGCAGACGAAGUUUACUCCCCGAGAGGCUGUUCAACAAUAUUCCUGCCAGUGGGAUUGAGCAGCCAGAAGAGUGGCGCGAUCGACUCAACAUCUGGAUUGAGAAGUACAUGGCACCCGAGCCAGCGGCCGAACCAGUCAUCGUCGAUCUUGACCAGUCUUUCCUGCAUUAUCCAAUUUACUCCGACGGCCAGACACUCGCACAUACAUUUGGCGAUAUCCUGAAGUUUCGCCCUGAUAUCCGUCGGCUUGCAACGAUGGUACUGAAAGGAAUUGCGCAUUCGCAUGACCAAGAGGCAGGCAUUGCCGUACAAACAUUUGACAUCUCGUCUCCGAUUCUAAACCCUUCAUUCCUCGGUGUCCAUCUAGGAACCGAGAACCCCCUAGCCGAAAGACACGAGGUGGAUAUCAUGUACAGUCACUUUGACGCCCAAGCAGCAGCCUACAUCGAGCAAGCGACGACCUCCAAAAUCCCCAUCAUGUACGUCGCAUCGGGCAACCUCCCCGAAGUAAAUAAAUUAGCAAAAGAAGCAAAAGAGUGGAAUGUAGAAGUCACCCACAAAGAAGAUGUGUUGCAAGGGAAGGAUGCAGCUGCUUUGGCGAAAUUGACGUGGGAUCAGAGGGCGCUGGUGGAUUAUUUGGUGUUGCUGAAGGGGCAGGAGUUUGCGGGUGUUGGGCACUCGAGUUUUUCGUGGAACUUGUAUUUGAGGAGGCAUCAGAUUGGGGAUGGGGUUAGUGCGUCUUUGGGGCAGGAGGUGUAUCGGGAUGGGUUGAGUACGCUUUAUGGGGUGAGGAGUAGUUAUGUGGAGUCUAGUGGGUGUAUGUGGCCGUAG